AUGUCGGAUACACAGUCCCAAGAACCCAAAGGGGCCGUUCAGUCUGUUGUUCAGGCUGACCGCCCAAAGCCAGUCCUCUCCGAGAAGUAUGCCGACGAAACAUUGCGGCUGGUCGAGGAGUAUGGUGAUCAAGUUGGCCCUCUGACACCUGAAAAGGAGUCAAAGCUGCGAUUCAAGCUCUACCUGUAUAUGAUGGGUCUGAUCUCAGCUAUAAAUCUGUUGCUUUUUAUUGAUAAAUCGACACUCGGAUAUGCCGCCAUUCUAGGCUUAUUCGAAGAGACCGGCAUCACUAAAGCCCAGUACAACGAUCUCGGAACAUUUUUCUAUGUUGGUUACCUUGCGGCACAAUGGCCAGGGCAUUAUGCGAUGCAGAAGCUGCCCUUCGGCAAAUUCAUCGCGGUUCUGGUCUUCAUGUGGGGUGUCGCGCUCUUACUGCACUGCGUUGCAACUAAAUUUGCAGGCCUAGUCGUCCUUCGUAUCGUGCUCGGCGCCUGCGAGUCCGUCGUUGUUCCUGCUAUGGAGAUGACGAUUGGAAUGUUCUUCAACCGCAAAGAACAGUCCUUCCUGCAACCCGUCUUUUGGGUGACGACGCAAUUGGCCCCCGUAUGCGCUGCCUUUAUUUCAUACGGCCUGCUCUGGAGCCAUAGCCACGUCCUCCCGUGGAAGCUCUUCAUGAUCAUCACGGGUGGAGUGUCCAUCCUGCUCUCCAUCGUCACCUGGUUCUACUAUCCCAACAACCCCGGAGACGCCAAGUUCCUCACCUUGGAGCAGAGGGUCCACACUAUCCAGCGUGUGCAAAAGUCGAGCCAGAGUUCCAUUGAGCAGAAGCAAUUUAAGAAAACCCAAUUUCUGGAGACGAUUCGCGAUCCUGUCUCGUGGCUGUUCUGUCUCCAGGCAUUCACCUUGAUGAUGUCGAACAACUUGACCUACGGACAGCAGAAUCUCAUUACCACGGCACUUGGUGUGGAUAAUCUCGGUUCAACCCUUGUGGCUGCCGCAGGUGGUGGAUUUGGUGUGCUGGUUUGCAUUGCUGGAACCAUUGCUCUCCGACUGUGGCCAUCAAACCUCGCUCUUCACGGUUUGGUAUGGUGUGUGCCUGCUAUUGCUGGAGGUAUCGGAAUGGUGUCGAUGGCCUGGGAUCAGAAGCUCGGAAUGCUCGCAUGCUUGCUUCUCGCUGGGCACACCUACGGCAACACAUAUAUCAUCGCUCUUGGCUGGACCACGUCCUCGGCCGCCGGAUACACCAAGAAGCUUACGAGAAACGUCAUGUUCAUGGUUGGAUACAGUGUAGCCAAUCUAUGCUCACCUCAGAUUUGGGUCCCGAAGGAUGCGCCGCGGUAUUAUGGCGCUUGGAUUACCCAGAUUGUCGUCAGCUGGUUCGGCACUCCCCUCAUUCUCUUCAUCAUCCAGUUCGUCCUCAGGCGAAGAAACAAGGCUAAGCAGCAAUGGAUUGAUAGCCUGACGGAGGAAGAGAGGAUAGAAAAACAGCAGGGAGAGGUAGAGCAACUGGAUGAGAGUGGCAAUCUAGUGACCCGAAAGGUUGAUAUUGCCAUGUUGGAUCUCACGGAUAUGGAGAACCCCUUCUUUGUUUAUCCAAUUUAA